AUGCCUCUCAAUGAUGACCAGAACAGUGAUUCAGAUUCUUCACGCCUCUCUGAAAGCACAGCUGCUUCUAGCGACUCCGAAUAUUCAAGACAGAGCUUCAACAGUGAUUCUUCAAGCAAACCCAGUACCCCAGCGUCAGCAAGCCCUCCCAAGACUGUUACAUUUGAUGAACUGAUGGCAGCUGCAAGAAAUUUGACAGACUUGACUCUAGCUCAUGAAAUAGCUGUAAAUGCAAAUUUUUGCAUAAAAGAUGAAGAUUUCCCACAGAACAGCUUUGCAGGCACAGUGAAACAAAUUGUACAUAAGGCGUUUUGGGAUCACUUGGAAUCAGAACUGAAUGAAGAUCCUCCGGAAUAUGAACAUGCUAUCAAGCUCUUUGAGGAAAUUAAGGAGAUUCUCCUUUCCUUCCUGUCUCCUGGAGCAAACAGGAUUCAGAAUCAAAUUUGUGAAGUUCUAGACACAGAUCUUAUAAGACAGCAGGCAGAACAUAAUGCUGUUGAUAUUCAUGGGCUAGCUAACUAUAUCAUCAACACUAUGGGAAAGUUAUGUGCUCCAAUAAGAGACAACGAUAUAAAACAGUUAAAAGCAACUGACAAUAUCGUAGAAUUACUGAGACAAAUAUUCCGUGUUUUGGACCUGAUGAAGAUGGAUAUGGCUAAUUACACAAUUCAAAACCUCAGGCCAUACCUUCAGCGUCAUUUGGUGGACUAUGAAAGAACAAAAUUCCAGGAAAUUCUUGAAGAAACGCCAAGUGCCCUGGAUCUCACAACAGAAUGGAUAAAGGAAUCGAUAGAAGAUGAAUUGUCAUCUAUUUCUGAUGAAUCUUCAUCGCCUGGUGCUGACAGUAGUUCUAAACCAAUUAUUAGUCCUACACUGGUGCUAAACAAUGGCUACUUGAAACUCUUACAAUGGGAUUAUGGCAAAACGAUUCCAGAGACUCUAAUAACAGAUGAAGUUCGUCUUCAGGAGUUGAGAGAAAAGCUCAAUCAAUUAAAAAUCAUAGCUUGUGUUUGUCUCAUAACAAACAAUACGGUGGGUGCAGCAAUUGUAGAUGUACCUGAUUUUGCUGACCAACUGAAAAGGAUCUGUGUUCCUCUUCUUGAAGGCAUGAACAAGAAAACUUUUGAUUUGAAGGAGGCUCUGAAUGCUAUUGGUGUCCAGAUCUGCAGCAAAGUGAACAGGUCUCUAACUGAAAGAGGUCUUCCCACCCUUAAUGAAGAAAUGCAUAGUAAUUUAAUGGGUCAAAUUGCUCAUAUUGUUGAGGAGAAUAAUCCUGUCAGUUCCUUGAUUGACAAACGAAUCCAGUUCUUCAUGAGAAGCUUGCUUGGUCUUCCGAGUUUUCACAAGUGUAUGCCUACUAUGCCAGGAGGCCUCUCUGUGAUUCAGACAGAGAUGGAGUUUGUUGGAUCUCAGUAUGCGAGUAUUGUAAACUUUAACAAACAAGUGUAUGGACCGUUCUAUGCUAACAUACUUAGAAAACUACUUUUUCCUGAGGCACCAAUGGGGAAAGCAGAAACAGAAAUGCCUACCAAUUAA